GUCACACAGCAACAGCACACAUAGCGCUGUAAUGAAAACAAGGGCAGUAGCAACGACUUUUAAGCCCUGGUGUUUAAGUUUAUUUUGUUGUUAAGCAUUGCUUAAUUAUAAUUGUCAAUGUCGAUAGUUAGCAGCUUAACGAACUUAACGAAACACGCGCGACGACGACGACAUUGGAUUUGUCCACUCCGGAGAUAGCCAGUGUUUCCUUAAUAUUAUUUUUGUUUCUUUCCACUCCCACCACCCACUCUUCCUCUUCCCCGUUUUGUUUUUUUUUUUGUAUUUGUUUUGUUAGUUGAAUUUGUGUGGAAUGGAGACGGAGGCGGAUUUAAGCCGCCAACACGAAGAUGCUGAUGAUGGCGGCAGCUUUACCGAGCUGCCCAUCAACCAGCACACAACAACGACGACAGCGACGGGAGGCAAGGCAAGGCUCGAGAGUCUGCGCGAGAAUCUGUCCAAGCAGCAGGAACGACUGAUGGCUCUGCGAGAACGUGCCUUGCGCAAAGCCGAGGAUGGCGGACGUUUAAAGUCCAGCAUGAGCGAUUCGAUGGAAUCGCUAAAAUCGCUGGGACACAAACUGAGCCUUGGCCCAGUGGCGGACACCACGCUUAACGACGAGCCACAGCAGAUGUCCACGCCGCUGGUGACGCCCAGCAAGGAGCUGCUGGACCUCAGCGGCGGCAGCGGCAACGAGAAGCUCCAAAUGUUAAAUCAACGCACCGAACAGAAUCGUGCGCUCCUCGAGCAGCGAAAACGUGACAUGGCUCGAUCCCUGCAAUCGGUCAAAUCGGGACUGCGACAGAGCAACAGCGGCGUUGAGCUGGGCUCCUCGAUGAAUGAUUUGCGUGCCUUAAGCAGUCAGCAUGCGACGCCUGUAUCCCGACAUCGUUCGGCUGCCGAUUUGCAGCAACAACUGCAACAGCAGCAGCAACAUCAACAACAGUUGCAGUUGCAACAAACAGCGACGACGGCGCAAAGCGAAGAGGGACGACUGAAGCUGCUGAAGAACAAGAUGAAACUGAUUGAGCUGAAGCAGACACGCAAGGAGCAAGAGCAACAACAGGAGUUGCAUGAAUUGCGCAACGCGUUGCAGCAACGUGAACAGCAGGUGCAACAACUAGAAGCCACGCUGGCCGAGCAGAGUGAGCAGCUAAUUGGUUUGGCGACCACAAGUCGCGUGCAAACGGAGCUGCAACAGUUGCGUGAACGCAACGCGGAAUUGGAGCAGAGCAGCGAAAUGCUGGAGGCAACGCAAAGGGAAUUGCAGCAGGCACGCGAACAAUUGCUGCUGCUGGAGCAGCAACACGAGCAGCUGCAACAGCAGCAGCAAGAGAGCAACAAUUCCACCGAUGCGCAAGUGAAUCAAGAGCUGGCCAAACAGCUGCAACAGUUGGAGCAACAAUUGCGGGACACCCAACAGCAACAGCAGCAACAAGAAGUCGCCACCAACAGCAGCACUUCAAACGAAGAGACGCAGCAACAUUUGUCCGAACUGGAGGCGACGAUCGCAUUGCAAACGGAACAGCUGGCGGAGAAGACCACCGAACUGAAUGUGCUCAAUGUGAAUUUGCGUGUGCUCGAGGAGAAGUUGUCGCAGGGCGUGAAAGCGAAACCGAUAUUCCUCGACGAAGUCGAAGAUGUGCAGGUGAACGAACAGCUGCAGCUGGAGUUGCAGCAAUUGAAGCAGAAACUCGACGAGUCCAACAAGAGCAACAUCAAGCUGAAGUUAAAGUGCAAGCAGGCGGAGAAGCAGCUGCAGAAACUGCAAAGCAGCGACACACAACAGCAGCUGACGCAGUUGAGUGCGGAGAACGAGCAGCUGCAGCAACGCAUCACCGUGCUGGAGGACGAGAAGGGUCAAUGGCAGUUGGCGCAUGUCGAGGAGGAGGAUCAGGAGCAGGAGCACGAUGAGGAACAGCAAUCGAGUCGAGUGCAAGCGAAUGCCGCGCAAGCCGAAGCGAUACGCCUGCUGGAGGAGCAAAAGGAGGAACUGCAGCAGGCGUUGGAGGCGCUGCAACGUGGCUCGGAGUCGGCACGCGUUGAAUCCGAGCUGAGUGAAGUGCAGCUGGAGGAACAGCUGUCGCAGCGUGUGCAGCAACUUGAAACCGAAGCCAAGGAGCAGCGCCAGCAGCUGCAGACGCUGCAAACGGAAAAGGAGGCGCUGGACAAGAAGCUGUCGCAUUACAUCAACGAGAACAUGGAGCUGCUGGACAAGCUGGAGAAGCUCAGCUCGUCCAGUUCAGCGGAAUCCAUUGAGAUUGUCGAACGACCCAGCGAACGACGCUUUAGCCAACGUCCCGCCAGCGAAGGCGAUGCCGGUGAUGCGGAAACCGAAGCUGAAGUCGAAGCUGAUGCAGAGGCGGCGCCCAGCUUUGUCAGCGAACUAACACAAACGGAUUCGACGGCACCCGAUCCGGAGGUGAACGAAAGUUUGCUGCAAAUGCGCGCCGAAAGCGAUGAGCUGCUCAAGAAGAUCGAGCUCUUUGCGAACGAACGACGCGAGGUGUUGGCCAAAAUGGAGCAACUGCAGCAGGAGAAUGCCCGUCUGCAAGAGGCGCUCGAGGAGCUGAAGCAGCAGCAACCGGAGCAAGCGGAACAACACGAACAGCUGCAGGCGGAGAACGCACGCUUACAUGCAGAGCUUCAGGAACAACGCGACUCGGAGCAAUCCUCGGAGCUGGCAGCUCAACUGAAGCACACCCAGGAGCAGCUGCAAACGGAGCGAGCAGCGUUGCAUUCACAGCUGGAGGAAUUGCAACGCGACAAGCAACAUUUGUCGCUGCAGCUGCAGAGCGAAAAAUCGAAUCUCUCGCAGGAGCUGAGCUCCAUGCAGCGUUCCUCCGAGGUGGUCGCCGCCCUCGAUUGCGGUGAUGCCGGCGUUGCGUUGCUGGACAAAUGCGAACGUUCGCUGGGCAAACUCAGCUCCGAGCUGGAGGCGUAUCGCAAGGCCAACGAUCGCAAUGCCAAGCUCAAUGUGUCCAAGAAGCUGGCGAAGGAGGCGAAGAAUGUGCACACGCAACUGACCGAAUUGCUGCACAAGGUGAAGGAAGCCAGCACUGCGGUGGAGACGGUCACAGUUGUGGAAACUGUCGUGGCUGUCACCGCACCCAAUGGCAAAGCUCUGGCCGAAUACGAGCAGCUGACGGCGCAGAAUGCGGAACUGAAAUCAACGUUGGCCGCAUUGCAAGCGGAGCUCGAGGAGUUGCGCGAUAGCUACGAGCCAACGGAGACGACGCCACCUAAAACGCUGGCCAUAACCGAGCAACGCAAUGCGGAGCGUGAACAGGAGCUGGAGCAGCAGCUGCAACAACUGAGCGAACAGCAGACACAACAGCAACUCGCAGCAGCCGAAGAACUCGCUGCUGUUCGGGAUCAGCUGCAAGCCACAAUUACAGAGGUGCGUGCAGCGGAAGCGGAACACUUGGAGCUGAUUGCCCGACAGAGUGCGGAGCUGGUGCAAUUGCAGUUGCAGGCGGAGCAGCAUGACAAUCAGUUGAACGCCAGCGAAAUGCAGCACGAGAAGCAGCUGGAGCAACAGCAGCGACAACGACACGAGCUCGAUUCGCGCAUCGAGACCCUCGAGGGUGAGUUGGGUAUUUUGCAAGCACUCGUUGCGGAGCAGAAGCAACAGCUGAUCGAGAGCUACAGCGAUCGGGAGCUCGAAUCGAACCUCAAGCUCCUGGAGCUGCAACAGUGCCAACGGGAGUUGGAGACGAGUGAGACGCGCAAUCGCGAGUUGCGGGACAAGCUGAAGAAGUACGCCUUGCAGCUGAAGAAACGCAACGUGGAGCACAGCGACCUGGAGCAACAACUUCAGCAGCUCCAAGCGCAACAGGCAGCGGAGAGUGAGACAAGUGUCCAGCUAACGCAGCUGCAGCAACGUAACGCAGAGCAAACGCAGUUGCAGCAACAAACCGAGCAGCGAUUGCAACUCGUCGAACAGCGUUUGAAGGAGUCCGAGCAACAGCGACAGGAGCAGGCGGAGGAAGAGCUCGGUUUGCAGGAGGAACUGAAGCGUCUGGAGCAACAGCUGGCCGACAGCGAGUCGGAGAACUAUGAGCUGCAGCAGCAGGCGCACAAACACAAGAGCAAACUGUCCAAGCUCAAGGAGGAGACGGAUCGUCUGCAGGUUGAGCUCCAGAAUACGGUGCAUGCGAAUACCGCAUUGCGUCAGGAGAGCUUCCAGCUGGAACAGACGCUGGCGGAGCGUGCGGGCGAUGGCGACAACAACAGCCGGACGAUAGACGAACUGCGACGGCAGCUGGAGCAGAAGUCCAUCAAGUUCGACAAGUCAAAGGAGGUGAUCAAGCACCGCAAUGCCAGCAUACAGAGUCUGCAGCGGGAGUUGGCCGAGCUGCGUGCCCAGUUGCAAACGCAACCCGAGGAGGAAGCGCAACAGCAGCAGCAACAACAGCAACUCCAACAGUUGCAGGCCGCACAGGAGCAACAGUUGCAGACGCUGCAGCAAUUGCAGACGGAGAAUAGCGCGUUGCUGGCAGAGAAGGCCAACUUUGAGCUGGUCAUUGCGCGUCUGGAGACGCUGCACGAGGGCAUUCAGGCCAAGCUGCAGCAGGAUCAGUCGUACAUGGAAACCCUGGAGACGCAAAACACCGAACUGCAGCAGCGGAACGCCGAGCUGCAGGAUCAGACGACAGCGCUGAGGACGGAACAAGCGGCGGAGCUGGCGCGCAUAGAGCAACUGGAACAGCAGCUGGAGGAACGCAGUGCCCAGCAGCUGGCGCAUGAAUCCCAACUGCAGUUGCGUGUGCAGCAGCUGCAGGAACACGAACAAGCUCAGAGCCGACAACUCCAGCAGCUGGGCAGCGAAGCGGACGAAGUGCGUGAGCAGUUGGCGAGCCUGCAGGCGGAACAUGAGGCGCUGCUGACGCGUCACAAACAGCAGACGCAACAGGCGCAAGCGGAGCGGGCAGAGCGUCAGAGCAACGUCGAGCAGGAGCUGCACGAGUUGCGCGAGGAGCUGCAGCAGCGACAGCUGGAGUUGCAGCGUCAGCGCAACGUUUACGAUGCCAAACUGGCGGCCAAGGCCACCGAGCUGGAUGAGAUGGAGUGUGAUCUGAGCGCGCACAUGGAGCGCGCCACCGUCGAGACGCGGGAGCUGACGCAACGCUUGGAGCGCACACAGGAACAGCUGCAGCAACGGGGCGAGGAGUUGACGCGUCUGGGCGAGGAGCUCGCCGACGUGGAGCGAGAGCGUGCCACGCUGAGCCGGGAGGCAACGCUGUUGCGUCUGCAACAGGAUAGCGCCGAGCAGGAUGUCCUCGAGUUGCAGGAGCUGCGCAUGCAAGCGUUGCAGGAUAAGACCGAAAUGGAUAAUUUGCGCACUCAAAUCGAUGCCUUGUGUGCGAAUCACAAUCAGGAACUCCAGGCACUGCAGCAACAGCUGGCCGAACUCGAUACUUUGGGACAGAAUCAGACUGAUGAUCAGGUCUACAUUGAAACGGAGAACAAGCGACUGGCCGAACAGUUAACCGAGAUGCAAGCGCGACUCGACGAACAGGCUGAGCAGCUGGCCAGACAACAAGCUAACACUCCAGCUGCAGCUGCUGUGGCAUCGCCCAUCUUUGCCACACAAUACCAGACGCAAGCCCAAGCAACGCCACAGGGCGGCGAGGAUUGGAUGACGGCUUGGAUGCGUCCCAACAGUGGUAAUCAAGCUCAGCGACAGCCAGCGCCAGCGGAACAGAACCUUCCGAUUCCCGCACCUGCGAUGUUCUUUGGCAACGACGCUGCGGCGGCGCCAUCGCCAUUCGAUGAGAUUGUCGCUCAACCGCUGAGGCUAAGCAGCCAAGGAAUGGGCGUGCCCCACGAUCCAACGAUAGCGGAGCCACCAACCAUCGAGGAUCUGCAGCGCAACGUGUCCGAUCUGGAGAAGCAUGCCAAGGAGCUGGAGACCAAGUUGCUGGCACGCAAUCAGGCAUUGGCCGAGCACGAGGAGCGACGCCAGCAACUGGAGCGCUUGCUCGCCGAGCGGGAACAGGAGCUGACACAAUUGCGUGCCGCAACCGAGGAACGCGAGCGUUUGGCGGCUAUUGAGAAGCUGAUACAAGCGGAGCCACAACCUCCGGUGCAGCCGACGAUUGUUGCAACAAGUGCUGCGCCCACGUUGGACAUGUUCUUUGGCACGGAAACGGUGACAGAUGCGUCACAGCAGCUCGAUUUGGGUCUGCCACAAACCGAACCCGUUGUGGAGGAGAUCAUCACACCAAAGAAGGCGUAUUUGUGUCAACCCGAACCGGAGCAACAGCAGCAACAGGUUGUUGUUGAUUGGGGCGUGGAUGAGGAUCCCUGGGCGAGUGCAGCAGCCGAUGAGCAGCAUCAGCGUCCAGCAGUCGAGGUGCUGCAACUGCAGCAACGCAUCGACGAGCUGGAGCAACAGAAGCUGGAGCUGCAGACGAAGACGGCGAAGCUGAUGAAGCGCAUCAAGGAGUAUCGCAGCAAGGAGCAGCAACAACAACAACAACAGGAACAGGCGAAGAGCAGCAGCAUCGGCACCAAUGAUCUAGACAGCGCCAUUAUGGAUGAGCUGCGUCAUCAGUUGCAGCUGCACGAGACACGUCAGGCAAAGAGCGAGGAGCUGCUGCAACAGCAUGCACUGGAGAAGGAGAAGCUGGCGAAGCGCAUCGAUGUUCUGACAGCGGGCAAUGAGCGCAUGGCGGAGCUGAAGGAGCGUCAGGACAUGGAUGUGCAAAUGUAUCAGGCGCGCAUACGUGAGCUGCAGGAGAAGCUCCAGCAGCUGGAGAGCUGGGGCGAUGAGGGGACCACGACAACAACAACAACAACAGGAGCAACAACAACAACCGAUGCUGCUCCGACAACUGCGGCGGCUCAAGCGAGCAUCGAGCUAUUGCAGGUGGAGAAUCAGGAGCUGAGCACCGAGUGCCAGGAGCUGCAUGCCCAGCUGCAGCUGGAGAAGCAGCAAGCACACGAGGCGCUAACGCAAGCGCAGCGUGAACGCGAGCAACUGCAGCAGGAGAAACAGCGGGCACUUGAAGCGCUCGCUCAGCAGUCGGAGCUGGAGCGUCAGCAAUUGCAUGAACAGCUGCUGGCGGAUCAGCAGCGUGCGCAGGCGGCGCAACAGGAACGCGAACAACUGCAGCUGCAGCUGGAGGAGCUGAAGGCCAAGCAGCUGGAGCUGCCGGCAACGGUGAGUGCACCCAGUGACGAGAGCGUGGCGCUGCUGCAGGAGAAGGAGUCGGAGAUAGUGCAUCUGAAGCAGCGCAUCGAGGAGCUGAUGCGUGAGGAUCAAACCGAGAAACUGGUGUUGGAGAUACUCACCAAGAAUCAGGAGUUGCAGUUGCUGCGCAUGCAGAUCAAGCAACUGGAGGAGGACAAACUGGAGCGGCCAAGUGGAGAGGAGUUAAAGCAGGUGACGCCACCGCCAAGCAAUGAAGUGGAGCUGGAGCAAGUGCGUCAACAAUGCGUGCAGCUGCAGCAGGAGAAGAGCGACAUGGAGGAGGAGUUGCGUGUGCUCAACAAUCAUGUGUUGUCCAGCCUGGAGCUGGAGGAUAAGAUGAAGCAAACGGUGCUCGAACUGGACAUGAAAACCAUUGAGAUCACCGAGCUCCGCAAAACGCUGGAGCUGCUGCAACAAUCGCAAUCCCAGUCUCAGUCCCAGCCCCAGCCAGAUUUGACAGCAUUGAAUCAACAAUGGGAGGCACUGGUGGAGCAAAAAUGCAGCGAGGUGGCAAACAUUUGGCAGGAGCAUUUGGCACAACGUGAAGCCGCCUAUCAGGCGCAGAUCGAGCAGCUAACCACAUCACAACAGCAGCAGCAGCAACAGCCUGCGGAGAUCAAAUCCGCAGUGGAGGAGCAGCAGCAACAGCCGAGUUCAGCGCCAGCGGAGGACAAUGAGCUAUUGGCGAAAAUGCAAAAGGCACUGGAAACGCAGGAAAUGGAAAUCGUCACACUCAAGGAGCAGUUGGCCAUUCGAUCGGCGGAAUAUGCGCGUCUCGCCUCACAGUAUGAUCCCUUCCGGCUGCAGAAUACACUUGGCGGAGCGUCAGGUGGAGCAGCAGCUGGCGCUGGAGCCACGGGCAGCAUUAGCCAGGAGCCGUUGCCAGAGUAUGUGCUCAAAGCGGAUCUGGACUAUGCGUUGAUGAUGCUGCAUCAGCGGGACAUGCGUGUCGAGGAGAUGAUACUGGAGUUGGUGCAGCUGCUGGAGGAGCGCGAUCAUCUGCAGCUGAAGCUCUCGGAUACGCUGCGACAGCUGGAAGCCGAACGAACCGGCGUUCCAGCUGCGGUUCAGCUUGCUCCUGCGCCGCAAACGGACAGCGAUCCCAGUAGUGACCUAAAACAAAAAUUGGCAGAGCUGCAGACGGUGAAGCAUUCCAAGGACAAGGUUAUUGUGGAUGAACGUGAGCAGCGACUGCGGCAGAUGAUACAGCUCCAGCGAGACAUGGCCAAGACAACAACAGCAGCCACAACAACGGGAACGACGUCGACGACGACGACCACAGCAACGGGAACAGUCAUACCACCAGCUUCAGCGCCUCCAACAAUUCCUCAGCAGCAACAGCAACAUCAACAACAACAACAGGCACAGCUUGAAGUGGAUCCAUCUCAAUCAUCACUGCGCUCACCUUCAAUGGUACUUAUGGACUGGAUAUUAGGCAAUAAUAAGAGCGAGGACGAAGCGCAUCCAAACACAGCAUCGAGCAAUUAAAUCCGACCAUUAUCCAAGCAUCUCCCAUCUCCCUCGCACGUUCCAAGCAGCUUCCAACAACAAUAACUAAAAAUGACUAGUUAAAGCGGCUUACCAAUAAUUCUUGAUAUACACUAGCGUUAGAGUUCUAUAUUAUGUACCUUGGAUGAAUUCACAACAAAACAAAAAAAAAAAAAAACGAAAAAAAAGAAGAGAAGAGAAAAAAGAAUAGAAAAAAAACGACUAAGAAAUCGAAAUGAAAAAGAAAAAAAAAACAGCAAACAAUUAUUCCCGAAUUGUGUUCCAGCA